GGCAAUUUUCCUUUUAAGGCCGGGCUCGGCGGGGAGGAAGCAGAGGAGGAGGAGGCCGCUCCUUCGGCCUCGCUGGCUCCUCCCGCUCUCGCUCGGGGCUCCGACGCCCAGCCAAAAGCGAAUCCGGGCGGCGAGGCUCGGCAGAGGCUCCGACGGCUCCCGGCCCGCUCCUCGCCCCAGCGUCUGUCCUGCGCGCCCGUCCGCGUCCCCAGCCAUGGCAAGAAACCACCAAGUGCAGAAGGCCAAGCUGGCCGAGCAGGCUGAACGCUACGAGGACAUGGCGGACUUCAUGAAGGCGGUGGUGGAGCAUGGGGACGAGCUGUCCAACGAGGAGCGCAACCUCCUCUCCGUCGCCUACAAGAACGUGGUGGGGUGCCAGCGCUCGGCCUGGAGGGUCAUCUCCAGCAUCGAGCACAAAACCGAAGAGGGGGACGACAAGGCACAGCUGGUGAACGAGUACCGGGAGAAGGUGGAAGAGGAGCUGAAGAGCGUCUGCAACGUCGUCCUGGGCUUGCUGGACAAGUAUCUCAUCAAGAAGGUCAGCGACCCCGAGAGCAGGGUCUUCUACCUGAAGAUGAAGGGAGACUACUUCCGAUACCUGGCCGAGGUGGCCACGGGGAACGACCGCCAGGAGACGAUAGACAAAGCCCAGAAGGCGUACCAAGAGGCCAUGGACAUCAGUAAAAAGGAGAUGCAGCCCACGAACCCCAUCCGCCUGGGGCUGGCCCUCAACUUCUCCGUCUUCCACUACGAGAUCGCCAACGCCCCCGAGCAGGCCAUCUCGCUGGCCAAGACCACCUUCGACGAGGCCAUGGGGGACCUGCACACGCUCAGCGAAGACUCCUACAAGGACAGCACCCUCAUCAUGCAGCUGCUCAGGGACAACCUCACGUUAUGGACAGCCGAGCAGAUCAUAGAGGAACACGACGUCGCAAACACGGCACAUUUCUGCAAAGUACACAACGCAACAGCUGCCGUGACGUUCCCACCAGAGGCUUUUUAG